UUGCCACUCAUUAAAGCUCAAAACACCUGCUCCAAGACCUUGACCCGGCCUGGGCCUGAGGCUAGAGCUGCUGGAACACCCCACGGCCCAGAAGCGGCGGGGAGCCGCGGGGAUCGAGGGCGACGCGCGAAUCCUGUUCGCCUCCUUUGUAAAGAAGCAAGGCCACGGGGCUUAGGACCCAGGGCUACACUCAAUUGUCUAGUGGGAGCCAGGACCCAGAAGAUUGUUUUAGGAAGAAAACAACCUGGAAAAAAUGAAGUUUCUUCUCUUCACAUUUGUUGGUGUUCACCUUUUAUUUCUGAAUUCUGGCAAAGCUAUAUACAAGAAUGACACCUCGCAGAGGACUUUUGAAGAAAUAAAAGAAGAAAUAGCCCGCUAUGGAGAUGUUGCUAAAGCAAUCAUCAACCUUGCUGUUUAUGGGAAAGCUCAGAACAGAUCUUAUGAGCGAUUGGCACUUCUGGUCGAUACUGUUGGACCCAGAUUAAGUGGCUCCAAGAAUCUAGAAAAAGCCAUUCAAAUCAUGUACCAAAACCUAAAGGAAGAUGGGCUGGAGAAUGUCCACCUGGAGCCAGUCAAAAUACCCCACUGGGAACGGGGAGAGGAAUCUGCUGUGAUGCUGGAGCCAAGGAUGCACAAGAUGGCUAUUUUGGGCCUUGGAAGCAGCAUUGCGACUCCUCCAGAAGGCAUUACAGCAGAAGUGCUGGUGGUGACCUCUUUCGAUGAACUGCAGAGAAGGGCCCGAGAAGCCAAAGGGAAGAUUGUUGUUUAUAAUCAGCCAUACACCAACUACUCCAAGGCGGUGCAAUACCGAGUCCGGGGGGCAGUGGAAGCUGCCAAAGUGGGGGCUUUGGCGUCCCUCAUUCGAUCGGUGGCUUCCUUCUCCAUUUACAGCCCUCACACAGGUGUUCAGGAAUACCAGGAUGGCGUGCCAAAAAUCCCCACAGCCUGUAUUACUGUGGAAGAUGCAGAAAUGAUGUCAAGAAUGGUUUCUCGUGGGAGCAGAAUUGUCAUUCAGCUGAAGAUGGGAGCAAAGAAUUAUGCAGAUGCUGAUUCCUUCAACACUGUAGCAGAGAUCAUUGGUAGCAAGUAUCCGGAGCAGGUUGUACUGGUCAGUGGACAUCUGGACAGCUGGGACGUUGGGCAGGGUGCCAUGGAUGAUGGUGGUGGAGCCUUUAUAUCAUGGGAAGCACUCUCACUUAUUAAAGAUCUUGGGCUGCGUCCAAAGAGGACUCUGCGUUUGGUGCUCUGGACUGCAGAGGAACAGGGUGGAAUCGGUGCUUUCCAGUAUUACCAGUCACACAAGGCAAAUAUUUCCAACUACAGCCUGGUGAUGGAGUCUGAUGGGGGAACCUUCCUACCCUAUGGGCUGCAGUUCACCGGCAGUGAAAAGGCCAGAGCCAUCAUGAAGGAGGUCAUGAGCCUCCUGCAGCCCGUCAACAUCACACGGGUGUUCGGUGAUGGAGAAGGGGCAGACAUCAACUUCUGGAUCCAAGCUGGAGUGCCUGGAGCCAGUCUACUUGAUGACUUGUAUAAAUAUUUCUCAUUCCAUCACACCCGUGGAGACACAAUGACUGUCAUGGAUCCAAAGGAGAUGAGUGUUGCUGCCGCUGUUUGGGCUGUUGUCUCUUACGUCGUUGCAGACCUGGAAGAAAUGCUGCCCAGAUCCUAGCAAGAGCAAGAAAGAAGGCACUUUUGCCCUUUCUAGCCAGGAAUCUGGGGCUUCAGCUUCAGGAAAUCCCUAUUCACCUAACAAUUGUAUCUGAUUCAUUUUCAAAACAUACACUUUUUCAUAUUAUUAUCCUCUUUUCUGAUAUAUUCCACAUUAUCUGUUUCUAAAAUAAGUAAUUACUUCAUUUCUACCUGCACAUAAAAUCAAGUAGAAGUCACAGUGGGGGUAUUUCUUCAUACCACCUGUAAAAAAUAUCAUUUCUACUUUGAAAGUGGAAUACUAGAUAGAUCUUUUUAUGGGUAGUUAUGAAUAUUAAAUCAAAUACAAUGAUACUAAUUUUUUGUUUUAUGUCAUUUUUUGAAAGAUAAAAGAGACAUAAAAUUGUAGUAUAGUCUCAAUUGAAUGUAUGGAGGCAUUUGAUUUUCUAAUUUGUAUAUUUUUAUUAAGAUAUGGGUUUUUUAAUUAAGAAGAAAAAAGAUGUCACCGUUUAGGGAAAAACUCAAGUAUGUAUAAUCCCACUGCCUUAUUACAGAUGAGUACUAAGGUCUAUCACCAGGUAAAUGAUCAUACUAUCUUACAUUUGUGUUUUAUAAACUUCACACUAUUUUAUGAAAUUAGGGCUUGUUCACGUUUUGCUGUAAAAGUAUUGAAACUCAGAGAGGCUAAAUAAUAUUUACAGGGUCUUAGAGAGCAAAAAUAUUGAUUCAAAUCCAUCCUGGGAACACUCUCUACUAGUCUUCCACACACAAUGCCUAGUAUUCAAUAAAAAAUUA